CUUGAGACACAUUUCCGCCUCGACCGAUUACAAGUGGCUGUCAAUGACAUCUCCGAAGUCUUGAAGGCGUGUGUAGACAAUGUCGUGGUGGAUAUGAAACAGCGGCCCAGUGCUAAUGCCUUGAGGUAAGUUGAUUUUGAAUUUGAACCUUAGGAUAGCGAAAUAAGAUUCAGAAUAAGAAUAAGUGUGCUACUUACACCUACCCACGGAAUAUGUGGCUCUGGAGACACAUUUCCGCCUCGACCGAUUACAAGUGGCUGUCAAUGACAUCUCCGAAGUCUUGAAGGCGUGUGUAGACAAUGUCGUGGUGGAUAUGAAGCAGCGGCCCAGUGCUAAUGCCUUGAGGGUGGACGUUCAAAUGCAAGCCUUCACUGUGACGGGUGUGCAGCAGGGUGACUUUGAGCCUCAGUUGGUGGUCUCCAAAGAGGUCACUAAAGACGUUAACCUACUUAACGUCAUCUUCGAGAAAAAUCCUCUAGAUGGCGCUUGCGACCAAAGAGUAAAAGUGUCUGCGCGCCCACUGCAAAUAGUGUACGACGCUCAAACCGUCAUAGAGAUCGUAAACGUAUUCAAACCUCCCAGCGAAUCCACAGCUUUGACCACGUUGCAAGCAGCUGCCGGCAACAAACUGACAGAGAUGAAAGAGAAGUCUGCCUUAGGAAUGCAGUAUGCUGUGCAUCACCACACGUUCAUAGACUUGGACGUCGAUAUCGCUGCCUCGUACAUUAUUGUGCCGCAAACGGGAAAGUAUAAAGGUGACGAGGCGUGCGUAGUGGUGAAGCUCGGUGCUAUAAGCGUGAAGUCGGAGCCGCGAGCUCAGGAGUUGGACGUGAGGAAGCUUUACAAGGAAGGACUGGCUGAUGAGGACAUCCUGAAGGCCAUCACGCACCAUAGUUAUGACAAGAUGGCGCUGGAGCUCACGGAAAUGCAGAUUGUAAUAGCAACCUCGAAAGAAGACUGGCAGUCGGCCAUAGUGUCAAACGAAGCCACGCCUCUCCACUUGCUGCAACCAACCAACUUAGUGAUACAAAUCCACAAGUGCCUCAUCACAGACGACCCCCGUCUACCCAAGAUUAAAGUGAGGGGUGAAUUGCAGAAGAUCGCUAUCAGUGCUUCGGAGGACAGGUUGUUAACACUAUGCGAAAUAAUAGUAAGCAUGCCCCUUCCAAACUCUGAGGAAGCCGUUGCACUAAAGCCAAGUGAAUCAAAGGGAUCUAGUCUAUCGUUGUUGAGGUAUUUGGACCCGGCGGAGAAACAAAAGCGCGAUAUCGCGCGCUCCAACCAAAGGGACCCCGAGGAACAAUCGCUGCAGUUGACUGAAGUUGACGCUGUGUUUAUUAUGAAAGAACUAGUUCUCAGCGUCAACCGAAAGACGCUUCACGCGACAAACGGAUACGACAAAUUCCUCGUAUUCUCGCUCAACCAAUUAAAGCUGACGGUCGUACAAAAGACGUUCAACCUGGACGCCACCGUUCGUCUGGGGGCUGUCAAUAUGCAGCACCACAGAGCUGGGUAUAAAGUCAUCAAUAUGAUCGAAACGCCAGACGUCUUGACUGAGGAUAAGGAAACUCCUAACAACCAGUAUCUCUUCGCUGUCACUUAUAGUAACGUGGACAAGAAAUGUCCAGAAUUCAGAAGUAUCUACGGAUCAGUGGAACAGCUGAUUGAUAUGGACUUCACUAACUUGAAAGUACUCCUUCAUUUGCAAGGGUUGCAAGAGAUUUUAGUGAUUGUCAACGAGUAUCAGACAAGGUUGCAAGCAAUUCAAAGUACGGUCGACAGAACAGCAAAUGCAGGACCUCUAGAAACUAUUAUGGAGGAUGAAGAGUUCAUAGCUGCGAAAUCUAAAGUAAGCGUCACCAAACCUUCACGCCGCAAGCAAGUGGAAAGCAUCCAACUGAAAGUGAACAUUAAGAUCGGAGCCAUAGAGAUCGGAUUCGCAAACAACAAGCGGCCGCUGUCCGUGAUCCAAGUGACGAGGGCCACCACAGGCUUGGUCAUGAAGACUUCAUAUACCCAAGUAGACUGCGCUAUUGGGUCCAUCAAAGUCGAGGAUUUGAAUCCAGACACUAUUCAUAGGGAGAUACUAAAAGUAAUCAGCGGAGACGUGAUGAACGUUCAAAUAGUAAUGUACAACUUGGACCAGUACCCAUCUGUGAGUGAUGUGAACAUAUCGAUAGACGCACAGAUCAAUUGUUUACGCAUCAUAUUCCUCAACUGGUUCGUCAGUUCUAUGCUGGAAUUUCUAAACAACUUCCAAACGGCGCAACAAGCGAUCAUCGACGCGUCGUCUCAGGCGGCCGACGCGGCUCGCGCUAACGUCCAAAACGCUUAUCAGAACUCCACCAAACUGGCAUUGAAAGUCCGGUUGGCAGCGCCCAUUAUUAUCGUCCCAGAGAACUCGCAUAGCCUCAACGCUAUGCUAGUGGAUUUGGGUAGAAUGAGCCUGAAUAACAAGUUCGUCGACCUGCCUGUUGCUGAUGUCAGCAACAAAGUGACAGUAGACGAGCUGACCCUCGAGUUGGAAGACAUGAAAUUAUCCUGCGUGCAACUCAACGAAGAAUUAGCGAUUCAGCAGGAGAGGAAACUCCUUCGGCCGACCAGUUUCAAGCUGUUUGUCAAGAGGAGUCUCUCCGCGUGGUACGAGACAUUGCCUGAUCUUGACAUCUCGGGGCGUAUGAAGACUAUCGCUAUAACCGUAGGCCACAGCGACUACAAGAGUAUAAUGAAGAUACUGAACCAGAAUCUCCAAGAGGGCCAAACGAAAUCAGAGGAGUCCAAACCCAAACAGGAUGUGUCCAAAGUGGUCUCUAAGGCCACGGUUAAGAGCCAGACUAGCAAAGUGCAGACGAAGUCCACGGUUGCCGUGGUGACGUCCAAAGAUGCGAAGAAACCAAGGACUACUAUCAAGUUCUCGUUCACAAUGGAUAGCUUCGUUAUUGACUUGAUGAAUACCAUUAGCUCCGAAGACGCCAUGUUCUCGAAGGACAUAGAACUGGCGAGGUUCUGCCUCGCGCUCCUGUCGGUCAAAGGAAGGAUGUUCUCCGACAACUCCAUGCACACAUCUGUGUUGCUGGUUGACUGCACGCUCGACGACACUAGGCCGGGAAGAGGCGCUAAGAUUACAAGGUAUCUCGAGAGACGAAGGGAGAGGACUGAAUCAAGAUCCGAAUACGCGAUGGACGAAACUCGGGGCGCCAUUAUGGAAGCGCACGACAAGAUACGCAGCAUGAUCGACAUCACCUACACCAUGAAGAACUCGGAUACUUUUAUCGACAUGAGAAUCUUCAGUUUCAACCUGAUCCUCGCGAUGGACUUCCUCAACAAAAUUAUGGAGUUCCUGACAGUCGGAUUGGCGGCCGACGCGCCCGCCGCUGGGAAGCCUAAGGAAGACCUGAAGGUGGUCAAGUCGGUCACUGACAAGUCUGGCGAAGGCAUGUCUAAAAAGAAAUUGUCGGUGGUAUCGGCGCCGUCAUUGGAACAGCCGCAGAAGACGUCGAUGAUGACAGUCAACGUCAAGAUAGAACAGCCGGACAUCAUUCUUGUUGAGUCGCUGGAGCAGAAGAAGUGCGACGCUCUUGUAUUGAAUAUGGAAGCCCGCUUCAAGUUGCGUACCACAGAAGAACGCAUGGUAGCCGACGGCGGUAUAUCCGGGCUACAGAUGGUAGUGCGAACACUCGGCGCUCCCGAGGGCAAUGCACCUCGCUAUCUCCUCGCGCCAGCUAACCUCUCGCUGGCGCUAUCACAGCCGCCUGGUAGCGGCAUGCACGCGGAUAUAUCCGUGUCUGACAUCAAGCUUACUGUGUCGCCUGACAUAAUAGCGCUCCUCAACCGCGUGCUAGCAACGAUAACAAGCAGCGACGAGAAUGAAACUGAACAGGAACAGAAGGCGAUAUACUACAAGGACCUGUGGAACAUGCAGCCCUUCAGAGCCAACUCGUAUUGGUUCCUCAAGACUGACGAGGCUGAAGAAGCGAUCAACCUCGAAGCAGCAUCAACAGACAACUCUGAAGAGCCGGCAGUGCCAACCGGCGAGAUAUGCCUUCUGUCCAGUCCGUCCAUCGUGGUGUCGUUAGAAAUGGACAUCGGUACCGAGACCAUUCCUGUCCUAGUCAUGCAGGCGUCGCUCACUGGACAACUCAAGGAUUGGAGCUCUGAUUUCUACAUGGAAUCCACGUGGGCGAUGCAAGUUUCGUACUACAACAUAGGGCGCGCGGUGUGGGAGCCGCUGAUUGAGCCAGUGGAGGUGUUGAAAGACUACCAGUACAAGCACGUGCCUUGGGAACUGAAGAUGGAGGUAGUGAUGCGCACCCAAGAGAACGUGGUAUCGAUUGACACUACGGACGAGGCGGCCAAUAUCCAGGCUGUCGCGUUACGCCAAGCCAACAAGACCAUCACUAUAUCCAGCAGCGAACCGCUCGAGAUAACCAUCACUAGGAGCGGGAUGGAGGUGCUGACACAGUUAGGAAACUCAUUCUCGGCCGCUAUAGCCGAAACUGACACAGCCUCGGUGUCUAAAUCGAAAGUCGACGGUUCCCACUCUAAAUAUUUCGGAGCUCCGUACGUUCUACACAACUGCACGGGACUUACUGCCAAGCUGAUGCUGCAAGACAACCAUGAUUUCUCCGUGUUCCUCACAGAUGAAUACGUUGCUUCAGACUACAGGGAAGUGGUAUUAGAACCAAACGCAUGCGUGCCACUGCAGUUGAAACAUGGCGGACUCAAUUUGAUGAAACUAAACGAACCUCCACCGCCGCUUAAAUUAAAUGUUAAGAUCGUAGAAAUGAACGAAGAAGUCCAAAUUCCUGUGGAGCGAGCGGACAAGCGAUACUUCACGCUCGGCCGUAAGCCGGGAGGCACUUUGGAGAAGAACGUGCCACACGUAGCGGCGAUUGAACCGCGCGGACUCAUCUCUGACAUCGUCAUGCAGGAAGCGGCUUUGCACAUUUAUUUGAGGAGUGUUGUUCAGGUGACAAACACACUAGCAGUGAACGUGUCUGUAUACUACAUGACACUAAGCGGCAACGAGGUCCGCCUAUUGGGAGAUGUAAAGCCUGGCGGGAUUCUACGCAUGCCUUUACAGGCCGUGCACACGCCUACUGCCGAGAUAUUCUUUUCUGUAGAAGGUUUCACGGUCUCGGUGUCUCCGUUUAUAUGGCGUGAACUGCAGCAAGAAGUAAAAAUAUCGAAAUUGUUGCAAUGCGAUUCGAAAGACAAGAACAGUGGCGAAAAGUUUUACUUGAAGGCUAUAGGAACAAUGGAGCAAGUAUUCUACGAGCACACAAACAGGCAUACGUUCGCGUCUUCGUGCUACGAUAUCGUUCUGAAGCCAGCCGUGAAACUUCAGAACUGUUUGCCAGUGGACAUCGUGGUAUCCCAACUGGGAUUGAAACGGACUCAGAUAUUUAAGCCGGGAGAAAUGUUCCACUUGUCGCAUCUGGCGCCUAAUCGGGCUUCUGUUGUGCUUAUGAUCCAAAACUACCUGGACAAAUGUUGGGUGUGCACAAAGAAUCUACCCGAAUUGGAAACAGAGCUGUCAGUUUGGACUUUCGACUCCCACGACAGUCCGUCCUUGAUGACGUUAGACCUCGGAAUGCAUAGUGUGGACAUGGAAGGCACGCAAGUGUUGUCCCUUUACUGUCCCUUCUGGAUGCUGAAUAAGACUGGCUUCACGCUACACUAUAGGAUAAAACAUUCACGUUGCGGUAAAUUUAUUCGACGUCAUACGUCUUGUUUGCCGAACCUGGAUGAGACGGGCAACGUGAUAUGCCACCCGAAGGAAUACAAAGAGCCGAUUCUGUUCUCGUUCCGGGCGAAAAACUUUUUCGGCAAGAAAAAGGCAGCCAUUCGCGUGGAGUUCGGGGAAUGGUCCGACAAAUUCCCGCUAGAUGUCCCCGGAAGCUCGGGCUUGGUGUUGUGUAAACAUGAGGGUAGGACGUACCAGGUGGCAGUGACAAACCAACUGACAUUCAACAGUUUGACAAAAAUGGUCGUGUUUACGCCAUUCUUCCUCAUAAUCAAUGAAGCGCCGUUUGCUAUUCAAUAUCAAGAGUUACACCGAUCUGGGGAUCCGUGGAAAGAGGUGGAUCAAAACUCCAGCGCGCCUCUAUGGCCAGUCAUAGACAAGGAAGACAAACUGUUGUUAUUGCGGGUGUCAGGAUCAACCGAACACGCUGCGCCGUUCUUGUAUACCGAACAACACAGCGUCUGCUUGAAGUUGAAUAACGACUACGGCGGUCUCCACGUAGAGGUGCAGCUAAGCGAGGGAGGUACAUACAUCACGGUGCGCCAGUACCGCGACGGGCACGCGCCGGCGCUGCUCGUCAACUUCACGCGGUUCCCCGUCGUCGUCUACGAGAAGGAGAACGUCAACGUCAAAAAACUGGAAUCGAUGCACAAAAUGUUGUUCACGUGGGACAACCCGGCUGGACCGCGCUCACUUAUAUUUGAAGGCUACAAGAAGAAAGAAAUCGAAAAUGACUUGAGAAAGGAUGGAAUCGGAGAUUUCAUGAUUAACGAAACUAACCGGGUAUCCUGGGUAUCUUUCCUGGACGGACUUCAAAGGGUUAUCUUGUUCACUGACGAUCCGAAUCUAGCGAGUGGCGCCCACACGAUAGGCGAAGCCGAAUUCGUGGAUACUGAAAUCGUGUUGUCUAUGCAAGGAAUGGGUCUAUCUCUGGUCAAUGACCCUGAGUUGCUGGAGAUUGUUUACAUUAGCAUUUCCAACUCCGGUAUCAUUUGGGAACAAUGCAAGAUAGGUGCACGCCGCUACAAAAAGAUUGACGGCGCGAAAUUGGCACUGUAUGAAGACCAUUAUCAGCAGUAUUUGAUUGACAAGAUGGCCAGUGACGAACCAAUACCACCGUGCAGGAUGAUUGAUGAAAAGACUGAGGUGAACUUUGAAGAGAUGAGAAUAGUAAAACCUAAUCCACGUCUGCUUCGUCGUACCCUCCAAGCCGGCUUAUGGGCUUCUUACGGCCUUACGGCACAUUCGAGGCGUCUCCACGCUCGUCUACACAGGCUUCAGAUAGACCAACAACUACCUUUGCCCACCUUCCCAGUUGUGUUGGCCCCUGUGCCUCCACCGAGGUCUAUAGCCAAUGAAGGUCCUAGCGCCCGCGGGAUGCCGAAUAUCGUUGGAGGCAUGAAACCUUUCAUCGAGGUAUCCAUAGUGGAGCGUAUAAUGGAGCACAGCAAAGUGCGCCAGUAUAAGUACUAUAAGGUGCUGAUUCAGGAGUUCCAUGUGAAAGUGGACAUGGGACUUGUUAACGCACUCAUGGGAAUGUUCCCGCAACGAGUGCUUACGGAACAGGAGGCGCUGGAUGCCUUCGAACUAGACUUAGAAAAGGCUGGACAGCCCUUAGAAGCACUGGCUGCUUUAGGAGUUGCUUCGGACCAGAAGAACUUCUACGACAAUCUGCAUUUAUCGCCGCUCAAGGUUCACGUUUCCUUCUCACUCGGUGGUGCGACUCAACUGCCUACUUUCAUAGGCACGGUGCUACAAAGUAUAGGCGUUACUUUGACCGACAUGAACGAUGUAGUAUUCAAGUUGUCAUAUUAUGAACGCAACUAUGAGUUCCUCUCUCAGAAAGAACUCAUCUCUCAAGCGCAGAGCCACUAUACGGGGCAAGCGUUGAAACAGCUGUAUGUGUUGGUGCUUGGACUGGAUGUGAUCGGAAAUCCGUAUGGCCUGGUCAUCGGCCUUAAGAAGGGCGUUGAGGAUCUCUUCUACGAACCCUUCCAGGGUGCUAUCCAAGGGCCUGGCGAGUUUGCCGAAGGCCUUUUCUUGGGUGUACGGUCGCUUGUGGGACAUACGGUGGGCGGCGCUGCGGGCGCGGUGUCCCGAAUCACGGGCGCUAUGGGACACGGGCUCGCUGCACUGUCGUUGGAUAAGGAUUACCAAAGACGUCGUCGAGAUAAUAUAAACAAACCACCUGCAAACUUGCAAGAAGGACUUGCUCGUAGCGGAAAGGGGCUUGUUAUGGGAGUGUUUGACGGUGUUACCGGAGUUUUCACGAAGCCCUUCGAAGGGGCUCGGGAUGAGGGCGUGGAAGGGUUCUUCAAGGGGCUGGGCAGGGGCGCCGUGGGGCUGGUCGCCAGGCCCACCGCUGGGGUCGUGGACUUUGCCUCCGGCUCCUUAGACGCCGUCAAGAGGGCGGCAGAUCUGUCUGAAGAGGUGACGAAGCGACGAGCGGCGAGAUACUUGCCGGCUGAUUCUGGCGUAAGGCCCUACUCUCGGCUACACGCCGAAGGAUAUAAGAUGUUGUUCGAGCUGGAAAAGGGCAAGUUCGUGAGUACGGACACAUACGAGGCCCACGUGUGGGUCAUUCCUGCCAAGGAAGUGGUGAUGUGCACGGACAAGCGGCUUCUGUACCUGGAGAAGAAUAACGUCUUCGGCGGGUGGCAGAUCGUGUGGUCGUACCUCUGGUCAGAGAUCCCAGACGUGCCGACAGCAGCCAACAAGGGCGUGUACAUUCCCACGGCCAAAAAGAAGGUUCUGGGAAUGUUCCCAUCGUCGGGCUCCGGGAAACUCAUCUUCUUGUACGACGAGCAGCAGAAGAAGUAUUUGCUAGCCCAGUGCGAGCGACUCAUGCGGUCGGCGCGUUGACAUGAGGACGUAGAAAGAAUGACGCUCGCGGAACAAGUCGAGCAAUUCUUUCUACUUAUAUUCGAUUUUCGCACAGCGCUGCAUACACUCGCCUAUCACGUUAACCUGCACCAUAUCGGCCCCAAAGGCUUCCGCUGACUGUGCUAAGAACGGACUUUCUUGACUAGCUUUAAUCGUGCUUUUUGUGUUUCGUUAUUAUACUAUUAUGUACAAUUUAGCUAGUACAUUUGUACGGAAUUGAUUUUUUAAACGCCCCGAAACCAAGACUACCUUUACAGAAAUAUGGUUGUAAUUUGUACAACUGUAACCAUUAGACUUAAUUAUAAGUGCAUAUUUUCUAUAAUAGUGACCUCACAGAAACAAGUUCCAUACCUUCAUGGUAUUAAGACUCGAUUUAUACUAAUUGUAUGAUAUUAUUAAUAGUUCGUAUUUCUCCUUGCGCUAUUUUCUACGACUUUUACAAAAGCAUCUCAUAGCUUGAUCAGUAGACCGCUUUGAGAGCGCAUCAGAGCUUAGGUACCUCUUGAAGUAUUUCGCAAUGCAUUUAUAUAAGACUUUAAUAUUUUGUAAGUUGUUUUACAAUAUUUCAGUCUUCCGUUACCGAAUAGUGACUUUACUACUUAUUUUCAUUCUUUACAAUCGAGACACAAUCGGUAAAAAUUCAAUACUCGAAUAUUUUAAAGAACUCUGAAUGUGUGGUUUGAAUCUUGUUAUGUUUCCGUGAUAAUUAGGUCUAUAAUGAUGUUAGAUUUGUUAAUUUUGUAAUUACUUAUAUAAAAAUAAAGACCACCACCAAAUCAACCUGUAGUAACCAAUGACUGUAAUUUUACUUACGGAAUAUAAGAGUACAAAGAUUGUUAUUGUUAAUGGAUGCAGUUUAAAAUUUUGUUUAUGUUAACAUAGUGAAUUCUACAUAACGUUGAAUGGUUAUUAUAGUGUUUAUGUUGGUUUGGGCACGUUUCAAGCUGAAUAGUUCAGUCCCAGUGCCUUAUGUGAAUUAUGACGUGACUUGGGAACACCAAUAUAUGUUGUAAUUCUGUAAGAAAUGUUGUUAAUUUCCGAAAUGUAAGUUGCUGCACAGAGUUGCGGGCUUCGCGUCGAGCGCUAAAGUUACACAACUCACCAGAUGUAUAAAUUUUGUUACAUAUUUUGUCGUAUUUAUUUAUUGAGGCCUUUUGUGCAGACGUUCGUUACAAUAUAACCUUUGUGAUUUUUGCUUAUUGCACAAUUUACUAAUCAUUUCGACUCGUUUUUGUAUUAUUAUUAUCCAAGCUUGUGUACGAUCGAUUUUUAAUAAAUAAAAUAAAUUAUA